AUGUCAAAUCAAGGAAAAAUUCAUUCGGUCAACGAAUGGUAUCAGGAAUUCCUCGAGAAUCGUUUAAUUCCCCCGCGAAGAGCACACGAUUUUGAAUUGGGCACACCCGAGGGAUUCGCCGUGAUUCUCGACGAGAUCCAGCUUAAUGGAGCUCAACCAGGCUGUCCUUAUUAUCUUCAAGUGUACUUUUUUGAUACGAGAAUUCGGCAAUUUUUUGGUCGUCCCUAUCGAACGAGGGCUGUGCCGGCGUUUGAGGGAGUCAUACGGUUCAAUGAGGAACUCUUCUUCCAUUGUUCAAUUCUCGGCGAAGAAGUGUUUCUGGUUUUUGAGUUGAUCGAAGUUUCUCCGAAAGAUCCGAGUGAUCAGAUGACGGUUGGAUGGACGAUUCAAAUAAUUAACUCACAUCAACAAGCCUUGCAAGAAUACUCGACAAAUCGCCGAAAUUUGCAGAAAACCAGACUCCGGCUUUACCCGGGCACACCAAAGGCAUUGGUCUACACGAGUAACAUCGAAAAAGAAACCCAGGCAAUGACAGGUGCCAUUCAAUGCACUCUACUUGUGCACUCGAAAUUGCUCUCGUGCAGUGAUUUUAUUGAGGAAUUUGCGAUAAUCGGUGGUAUGGACGAUGUGCCUGGCUUGGAUGAAUUUGAGAAUGCCCCUCAACUCGCAUCUCCUCAUUUACUGCCGCCGAUUCCGACUUUUCUCGACGAUGUCACAAUUUCUUUCGGUCAACACGGAGAUUCAAUUGAGAAAGGGCUAUUGGAUUCGAUUAAUGUUGAUAGAUUGUACAGAGAGAAUUUCCUGCCCGGCAAAGAGCCAAUCCCACAAAUGCACGUGCUCGAGCGGCGGCUUCGAGUCGGAGUGCACAACGGUUUCUCGUUUCUUGGGAAUCCGUUGGUUGUGCAUUUGUCGAAUUGGGAACCACAAGAGCCGGGGAAUCCGCAUUCGAUGAGAAGAAGAAGCAAGAGUCCGAGCAGGAGAACGUCUAGGGUUGAUCCGAGUUCCAUUUUGUACGUCCCAACGAAGAUCUCGAUUCCAAAAGUGGUCGCCGACAGCCGCUUGGCGAUCGUUUUUGCUCUCGACUAUUUGAUGGGAAUUCGUGGAAAUGAUGGUUCGAUUCAAUUCACGCAAAGUGUUCUCCUUUGCUGGGGCGCGUGGAAACCGUUUGGAAACGAGAAAUUCGAGAGUGGACACCAAUCUGUGAUGGUGCCGCUGGUUGGCGGGCCUCGCCCGAAUCCCGAGGAAACCCUCUGUUUCAAGAGUUUAAUCAGAAUUUUUCGCAACGAUCACUCGAAUUUGCCCGCCGCCUCACCGCAAGUUGUUCUCAAUUUCAACUUUUACACAGGAGACGAGAAACCCACAAUUCCGCGGGAGCCGAGACGCGGUGAAAAGCCGAGUGUUUCCCGGCCAAAAUCUGAGCCGAUUACAGAAGAAAUUAUUCCUUCAAAAUCGCGAAAAGAUUCGCCGAAAAAGCACCAAAAUGAGCUAUUUGAGGACGAGGGAUUUGAGGAACACUUGCCAACGAUUAAAAGUCCAACAUCUCCGAAUUUUCAUCAGAUUUCUUUCGAUAAACAAAUCGACAAAGUAAUCGAUCGAUCUUUCAUUCAAUCUCCACGAAAUGAUCAAGAAAAGGAUUUUGUUGUGAUGCCCGGAGUUGCCAAAGGUGCAACGGUGCCCCGAUCGAUUCAUUCAUUGUUACUGAGGAAAGAGUUCCCGCAAAUCCUCGAUCGAAACGGCGAAAUUCCAGAGAGUGUCGAGCCGACGGGGGGAAAAUUGAAUGAAGUUAUUGAAAAGAAUGAUCCUUUGGACACGAAUGAGAUUGUCGUUCAGUUGAUGGCUUUCAAAUGGCUAAAUCGCUUCGCUCAUCUAUCGGGUGGUCGAAAAGUUUUCUUCACUUUUCAAUUUUAUCGUUUCCCCCAAGUGACCACAGAGAGAUUGCUAAUCGAUGGGGAAUCUGCAAGUGAGCCGGGACUUUUGAAAAGACUCAAUCAACAGGAUCAACUUUUAAUCGACGAUGGUUUCGGGUUUAUGGUUCGUUUGACCGUUGAUCGAUCCUCGCUUUCGCCAAGUGAUCCGCUCGAAUUCGUGAAAUUUCUCGAUGAAAACCCUCUCCAAAUCGAUGCCUGGGAUGCGGAUUCACUUCAACUAAUUGGAACGAUCGAUUUGAGUUUGAAGUGUCUACUCCGAAAUGGACUCGAAUCAGUGCAAUCACUCGUUCAAUGCCAAAUCAUUCAGAGAGCGUUACCGGAAGCGCCAAAGACAACCGGACUCCUUUUCGUUCGACUCGCAUGUAUCGGCCACCCAAGCAGCAAUCAAAUUGAUUUGGUCGAGUCAAAAAACCCGGCGAUUGUCUCGAAAAGACUGCAAAAGCUGAGCGAACCGGGCGAAUCGUUUAAGAUCCGCGUCCGUCCACUCAAUCCAGCGCACGAGAACGCUCUACAGCGUUUUCUGUAUGCACAGAGACUCGACAUUUCACAACGAUACGCUGAAGCAUUUGAUUCGAACAAUUUGGAAAACUUGGAACAACAAGAGAAACUGAAAGGAAACUACGAUUUCACGAAUAGCAAAAAUGAGAAAAUGGUGAGGAAAUUCGUGUUUGACACUGAAUUGGAAGCGUAUAAGAAGUUGCGAAACGAAAGCAAAGCCGGUCGUUUAUUGCACACGCUGUUCAAGGGGAUCACAACGGAGCACAGAAUCUAUUCAUCAAUUGGAGAGUCGAUUUUCUUUGAGUUCCUCCUGCACAACACUUUCCCCGAGCCGAUCAAUUGCUCGGUGGACAUCGAGGAGCCCGGCUUACGAAUCAUUUCAAAUGCCGACGAUUGGGCAUUCUACAAGAAAGUUCACAAUUUGGAGACACCGCUGGAGAAAGAUUUCAUCAGAACCGGGCAAAAUGGACAGACCACGAUAUUUCUUAAACCAAAAGAGGCUUUGUACGUGCCAUUCUUGUACGAGGAUCUGAAAAGCUCGAAUCACACGGACGGACAAAUCACGCAGACAAAGGCAAUUUUCAAACGUUUCCCUUCACUGGAGCCAUUGUCGAUUCUCCAUUUGACAAUCGAGCAUCGUCCCUACAUUUUGCACAAAUCAAUGCGCUUUUUCGGUGAAGAACACUCGAAUUUGAGCAAAAUCAUCAGAUUAAGAGGAUUUGAAGGUAAACCCAGACCCAUUUUGAUGAAAUGCUCGGAUCCGACAGUGAAAGUCGCACUGAGGAAUUCGGGCGUCGAACAGGAUUUGUGCUUGACGGCUUUCUGCGGUCAGAGUUGCACGAGCAAGCAAUUUCUGGUGCUUUUCUACGCCGACUCGCACGCCUAUCGACAGAUCGGAGUUUGGCAGAUUUCUAUCCACUCCUUCAGCCACUUUGAGAUCAAAGGAAUUCUUUCACAAACGACACAUUUCACACUUGAAAUGAAAAAAUCAACGACUGAGCGGCAACUCAUCCAUUUUUACCCGUCUUCACCGCAAAUUUUCCCAAGCGUCUCGCAACCGAUGUUGAUGAAUGCAGAAGAGACGAAAAUUUCGAUGGAAUUCCGACCGGAAAGCACGGGAAACGAGCUACAAAUGUUGACCGCCGUCGACACAUCGACAAGAGAACUGCUUGGUGGAUGGAUGGUGCAUGCGAAAACCACCCAACCGCAAAUCACCAAGCAAUUCGAGAUCAAGAUCCCGUUGAGUUGUCGGAAAGAGUUGCACAAGAAGCUGCCCAUUCAUAACCCGUACGGUGUGCCGCGAAUCUUCCGCAUUACAUCGAGUCGACCCGAAUUGGUGAAAAUUGGCGAUGAGAUGCUUCAAAUGGCGUCAGGUGUCUCUACAACAGCUUCGUUGAUCUUUCUGCCGAUUGUUCAAAAAGCGAUCUCAAUUGAAGUAUUGAUUUUCAUUCAAAACGUCGACACCGGUCAACCAGAAGAGACCUAUUCGCUUAAAUUAAGCUAUGUAAAUGUA